ACUCAAUUUUGGAUUGAUUGGGAGCUCACUACUCAAUUCAGUGCUUUUAAAAUUAGCUAGAAAACCAAUUUAUUUAAACAAUGUCUGGAGUUCGAGCAGUCACAAAAUUAGCCACUACUCCAGGCCCUAUUGGAAAGAAACACAUAGAAGUAGCACAACAAUGGAUCGGGUCUGCAGCAGCCUUUGGAGCCGUAGCAGGUGUUACGCUAUGUUAUGUCACUGACUGGAGGGUUAUCGUCGAUUAUAUUCCUUAUUACAACGGCAAAUUCAAAGAACAAUAAUUUAGUGAUUGUAUACCAAUAAGAUGUUCCAGGGAGUUCAGUAAUAGAUAAAUAUUUAUUGAAAUAAAUAAGUUCGUGUAGAUAUGUUCCAUUAUACGUUUUACCUAUAAAUGCUUUUCAUUUUGACGUAAUUUUUGAAUUUUAUGGUAGUUUUUUGCUUGGGCAAUAGUUUUCCCAAGUUGAAGGAAUAUCACAUUUAUGAAGAAAUGUGGGUUGCAUAUAUUUGGCUCAACUAAUGAUUUUAACUGGUAUUUUUAGCAGAUUGCUUUAUAUAUUGAAUUGUACAAUAUCAUCUAAAACAGUUGAUAAAUAUACUAAAA